CGACCCAUCUGGAUCUUCUCUUCUUUGAUCUCUGAAAGACACCAUUUUUGGGAUUUUUUUAACCCAUUGGCAGCUCCACCUGCUAGGGCACGUGCCGAUUACGAUUACCUCAUCAAGCUCCUUCUUAUUGGCGAUGGCGGUGUGGGAAAGAGUUGUCUUCUUUUGCGAAUUUCUGAUGGUUCCUUCACCACCAGUUUCAUCACCACUAUUGGCAUUGAUUUUAAGAUAAGAACCAUUGAACUUGACAGUAAACGCAUUAAGUUACAAAUCUGGGACACAGCCGGUCAGGAGCGAUUUCGAACUAUUACCACAGCUUAUUACCGUGGAGCCAUGGGCAUCUUGCUUGUUUAUGAUGUUACUGAUGAAGCAUCUUUCAACAAUAUUAGGAAUUGGAUUCGCAACAUUGAACAACAUGCUUCUGACAAUGUAAACAAGAUCCUUGUUGGUAACAAGGCUGAUAUGGAUGAAGGUAAAAGGGCUGUUCCUACUGCCAAAGGUCAAGCUCUCGCCGAUGAGUAUGGUAUCAAGUUUUUUUUUCGAAACUGUGAGUAGAACAUGGUUGACAACCACAUUUUCAUUGAGUUUCAUGUGACUUCAUUAUGUUUUAUAUUGGAAGAACAUUUGCAGAGUGCAAAGACAAACAUGAAUGUAGAGGAUUUUUUCUUUUCAAUAGCUAGAGAUAUCAAGCAAAGGCUUGCUGACACAGAUUCUGAGGCUGAACCUCAGGCGAUCAAGAUCAACCAACCGGACCAGGCUGCCGGUGGUGGCCAAGCCGCUGAAAAGUCGGCCUGCUGUGGUUGAUGAAAAUAACAAUUGUGCAGUAAGGAGGGUGAAGAUUCAACAACACUUGCCCCUUCAAAUGGGUAUUAUACUUAAUUUGAUGACAUUACAAGUGGGAAUGAAUGUGUAUUUUUUGUCCCUUUGUAUUUCCCACUUCAAAAGUUUAUGGUUUUAACUUUUAAGAUAGUAUUUCAAAUAUUAGUUGUUGGACUUUGUCUUGAGUUUAUUUCAAUUUUCUUCUUCUUUUCUUGU